CAGCAGGAGCAGAACAUCCAGCAACCACCGUCUACCCCUGUCCACGAGUUCGCCUGUAAUUAGGGUUCCCCAGAUCUCGCCGCCGGCACCAGGUUCCCCAUGGCCGCCCCGAAAUUCUUCAACAUCUCCCCCUACUCCUUCCACCCUCCCGCCCUACCUGACCCUGACGCCACCACCCCCAGGCCGGACUGGGUCCUCCUCGACACAAAGGCGUACAUCUCCGACCGCAGGAACGGCACCACUGCCACAGCCUUGGCGAGCAACGGCGUACCCGUCGAGGUGACCUUCUGGAUUGCCGACCCUCCCGUAUUUUCCCACUUCUCCGUGCACUGCAAGGAGGUUUCUGAUUUCGCCGAGGAGCCUCGUAUUAUCUGCUCCGACAAGAACGUAGCCGUCCUAUGCCUCUUCUGGUUGUCCACUAAAUCCGCCAGGUACAAAGUGCUCCGCGACUACUUCGUCUACACGGCCAGAUCGUCGAAGAGCGCCGCCCCCUCGCUCAUACGGCUCCCGAACCCAUCCCCGCGUGUGUUCAAUCCCCUGGAGAUGGGUCUCUUGCCCACAGUCGACGGGGAGGGCUUUGUUAUCGCUGUUGUCCGUCCGGGAGAGAUGUUCCCAGGCCGAUAUGAUCUCCACAUCUUCUCGUCCAAGAACUGGAGAUGGAACACCAAGUCUGUGCUAUUGGAACAUCAAUCGGUGGGCAGGGCAAAUAUUAGCGAGCACAAAACAGACAAGGUUAUCCAGCUUAUGGCAGAAGGCUCACUGGGCUGGGUUGAUCUCUGGCGUGGUAUUCUGCUCUGUAACGUGCUCGAUGGCAACCCCAACCCUGUGCUGCGUUUCAUUCCUUUACCCAAGCCAUUGGGUGGUAACAUGGAUAUUGAAAAUUGUCCAUGGUUGUAUCGGGAUGUCACCUACAUCAAUGGUCUUAUCAAAUUUGUUGAGUUGGAAACAUGGGAAAACAGCAUGCCUAAAAAUGAAAGGAUGUGUGGCCUCCCUGAUCAUAUACCAGAUAUGCAGUUUGAUUCAGACAUGGAUAAUGACAACAUGUGCGCCAUGGAGGACAACACAGACAAUACCGUCAGCUGGAGAGCUGUUGCAUGGGUCAGGAAGACUUCCCAGAAGGCUUGGAUCAAGGACUGCGAAGCCAAAAUUCAUGACAUUUCCAUCAACAACAACACAAGGCUUUCUCACUUAUUGCCUCCACUGGAAAACCUCAUGACAGCUGCCCCUACCCUGAGCAUGUGUGGUGAUGAUGUUGUUGUUUAUCUCAUGUGUAAGAUGAAGAUCAACGAUGAUAAGGCAUGGUUGAUUGCAAUCAACAUGACAAGGAAGACUUUGGAAGAUCUGGCCUUGUUUUCUGCCAAAAGAAUCUUCUCGUUCAAUACCACAUACCGUCCCUGUUCAUUCUCCAAACAUCUGGACAUGACUGCAGGUAAUCGUGAAGCUGGUUUGCAGAUCAAAGAAGAAGAUGAUUCAGAGAACACAAUCCUUGUAGACCGGCUAGAUCCCUGUAUUACCGAGGAUCAGCUGCGGUGUGUCUUCACUCGAUCUGGAGAACUUGGCCAUGUGCAGAUGUUUGUACACCAACAGUGUGCAUCCGUGAAAUUUAUUCACAGGUGUUCUGCUGCGAAUGCCAUAUGUGAAUUUAAUGGAUUUCUGAUAGGUAGGAAUCACGUUCGUGUUUCUUGGAAAUGUAUCAAUCCAAACGAACUGCAAACCCGGGACAAACAGAGCUGCCACCAGUAUCCACAGUUUUCUGGUGUUUACGGUUGCAAUCCUACAGUAGAAGGCGCUUCCCUGUAUCAAAACAGAAGCAGAUUAGAAAGGCAUGGCUACCACCUGCAACAGCUGAAGCUGCUGCCACUGCCAUUUCGUAGCACCAAUGGUGCUCUUCAGGGAUGAUGCUGUUAUGGGUUGAUUGCCUCGUCCUAGUGACAUAUUGUGAGCUUUAACUUUAAGCAGUGGCGUGGUCUCUUUGUUUGGGGAGAUUUCCAGCACGUAUGUUAUUAUUAUGUAUCAAACAGCCUUACUCCAUUAGGAGCUGUUUGAAGCCCUGGAUUCGUUUUUAAUCCUGGAUCUAUCCUUUGUAUUGACAGUUUUUUCGAAGAUAUUUGCGUGACUUUGUUUCA